ACAACAAUACUAUAAAACCAGGCCCACACAGCCAUUAGGAUAAACCCUCUCGGUUGUUCCUGAAGAGAUUCGACCAAAAUGUUGCUGUUCAUCGCUCUGUUGCUUCACGCCUUCUCCGGCUUUGCUUAUACUAGUGAUUCUGGAGAGCAAUCUAUGUGUUCAAUGUUUGAAUAUAUGGGACAUCACAAUGGUAGCAAAUAUUUUCUCUCCGACUUUUACUACAUGAAUGUGGAAAAAGCUUUAAAAGCAUGUUCAUUAAACGGUAUGUACCUAGUAGAGGUCAAUGACGAAAGUGAGUUCAGGUUUGUGCAAGGCAUUGCCAGGAAUUCCAAAACUGAACAUCUUCUGCUUUCUGGAUCUGACGCGAUAAAAGAAAACAGUUGGGUCUUCCCAAACAACGAACCGGUCAAGUUUAAAGAGUGGAAAAGUGGUAACCCGGACAACUAUGAAGGUAAAGAACAUUAUAUAAUCAUUAGUCAGAGUAACGAAUACAAAAUGAAUGACAUGCCAGAUCCACCAACUAAAUUUACCAGGUUUCUUUGUGAAAGAGCGACUAACCCUGAUGAUGCGCUUGACCAGGUUAAAUAAAAUUGUAUCUUGUUGUCA